AUGGUGAUGCUUUUUAUUUCUCUCCUAGUUAUUCUUCCAGCACGCAUUGCGGCUUAUUACAACCACCUAGACAGAGCAGAGUGUGGGCCUUGUCAUUCGUCACUGUGUCCUAUUGUACACACUUGCGCUGCAGGACAACAACUGACAAAGGAUCCUUGCAAAUGCUGCCUCCAGUGCGUAAGUGUGCGUGCAGAAGGAGAGAAAUGCGGAGGAACGUGGGGACUUUUGGGUUCGUGUCAAGCAGGCAAAACGUGCAAUCCACAAACGCAUCAUCCACAGUUAGACUUUGGAGGCAAAUGUGAAGACGCUAAUGCGAGCAUCUCCGCUCAGUGUGCAGGAAACCCUUGCCCUCUACGUCAUCAUUGCAUUUCCUUGUCAAACAGUUUUGUGUGUCAGGAUAUGGAUGCGACGUGCAGUCCUGCGCGCGUCUUUCCGAUCUCAUGCAGUGAAGGCGGAGCUGAGGACUGCAGCCCUAGAGCGUCGUGUCUCGCACAUGACAGAACAGAUAGGAUUGCAGGUGUACAUGCUAUAGUAAAGUGUGUCAUUGAGCAUGCACAAUGUCCUUGGGAUUCUGAGCACAAGCAAGACGAGAUCGACACUGGAGGCUGCAAAAACUUUAGUCGAUGUCAGUGCAAUCAAACCUAUUGUGAUUCAAUACAGCCAACAUGUUCCCACGAUUUUGAGAAACUUGUUGUUCAGAAAGGUAAUGGACAACCCGGCUCUUGCUGUAACUUGACGAUUUGCCACAAAAAGCAUGUUCAGAUACGAACACAUACUCAAUGCAAAUCUGACGUUAUUUGUCCGGAUGUCAAAGUGUGGUGUCCAAAAGACACAGAGUUUGUUAGACCUUUGGCUAGUGGCGACGGAUGCUGCGUUACUGGUGUAGUUUGCCAGUGCAAGCCUUGUGUGUAUCGUUGUGAUUAUGGAUUUUAUCCGCAACUGCUGAGACAUGGGACAGGAAUGCCAGGAGAUUGUUGUCAUAAGUACUAUUGCAAGAAAGAUGAGAAAAACUGUGUUGCAUAUUCUCUCCAGCCUGCAAAUGGUUAUAGAACAAAGGGUUCUAAUCAACAGAGAAGUGAUAUCUGGCACUUGAACGUGUACAGCAGUGGCAGCAAACAAAGCAAAUCUCCAUGUGUUCAUGCAGUGUGCACGAAUGGCAUUUGGUCAUACUUUAGAGUUCAGUGCAACUCACGUACACCAGCAAGUGCACACUGCUUCAAAAUAUCAACAGAAUGCUGUUCUAUCUGCUUUGAUCUACCUUUACAGCAUAAUGUUCAUACGCAUUACAGUUUAGGUAACACUUUAGGAGAAAGAUCAGGAAAACCUACGGAUUGCAAAGUACUUGGUGGGAAGCUUUACAGUGACGUAUGGAGGCCAGGAGACUGUGUAGUGUGUCAAUGUGUGAAUGGUGUGGCUCUCUGUGGGAGGCCGCAAUGCACUGAGAUUAGUUGUCGAAACCCAUUGAAAGUAAAAGGAGAAUGUUGUCCAUUCUGUGACUCAUAUGGAGCAGUCUAUGAGUCGGCAGUUGAGCCAGCUGGUUGUCGAUAUCAGGGCACUCGUUAUGCCGUUGGAGAGAGUUGGAACCAUAACUGCCAAGUGUGUCAUUGUGGAAAGGACCUACUGGUGCAUUGUCAAGACAUAGUCUGUUCGUUUCAUAAUUGUCGUUCAACAGCAAGACUGCAAACUCAAGACAGAUACUGUCUUGCCUGUUUGGAGAAAACUGUAAAAAAUCGUUCUCGUUUUGCAUGCAGCAAAGCAUGUCUUGUAGCAGAUUGUGCUAACAGAUCACUGCUAGUAAACGUUCCCAACCGCUGUUGCCCACAAUGUAUGCAGCUUUUUCGACUGUUGGCACUGAAGAAAUGGCGCUGCAAGGCAUUACGAUGUGGUGAUGAUGAGUGUCACCCUGUGAUAGUGAAUCACUCAUAUAAUAAACAGGAACUGUCUGUAAUUGACUUUGUUUGCAAGGAUCAAGGUGAGCACCUCAAUCCACAAGUUGAAGACAAAUUAAGAAGAACAAAGGGAGAUAACUCAACUGAUGCAGCCGUACAUGGUCAAGUAACAUUUCCUGGCAUACGAGGCAACAUUCCCAGCACAAGUCAUCGUGUGCUACUCUCAGUUGGCGUUUCUUAUGAAGAGCUAUCGACAUCCAACGUAACACAACAGUUUGUGAAGUAUUUGGAGAGUUUACUGUGGCCGUUUGCAAUCAUUCGUGUGUCCCUUGUAUCAAACAAGACACAAGAGAGUGGGACAACUGACAGAACUCUUGUCAUGAUGACAGUUGACACAACUAUUGAAUGUGUGACUACUAGUGACCUUGUCAAUCACAUGAAAGGAAACCUCCUCAAUUAUGAUUCCAACAAUCAUAACAAAUUUGACGUAAACAUCAUCAACAACAGUGACAGUCAAGUACAAUAUCCUCCAUUACCAACAAAUUAUGAAGUCAAUGUCUUACAUCUAACUCCACCAUCAUCUCAAAAUCAAGUGUUCAACUUUGAUGGAGCAGCAUUUAUUGGAGGCCUGACGGCCAUUGUAAUUGCAACUGCAAUAGUUUUCCCUUUGGUAGUAAUGUUUGUCUGGUAUCGUGUCGCUAAAAGAGUAUUGGGGAGAAACACAACUAACGAAGAAAAUGCUGGACAAGCAAGGAAACGACAUGAACGAAUGGCUAAACAAUCAGAAGAUGAAACUACGUCAUACAAGUCAAUUGAGAGUAUCGAGUGACAGAGAAAACAGGAAUAACCAAAACGAUAGCAGAAAUUAUUGGACAUGAAGUAAGUUAAAUUGAACAAAUGACGUCAUGCAUUUGCGUUAAUAUCAAAAGCUAUAAAACUAUUGAGUUGAUAUUAAAAGUUUUUG